AAUAUUACAGUCAAUGUUGACGUGUCUUGAAGUGUGUAUUCAAACACAACAAACAAAAAUCAGCCGAAAAAUAAUAAUAAUAAUAAUAAGUAGUAUUUACCCGAAAACACCCGCUAUUUUGUUGACCAGAAAAUCUGUCGGUGACCAGUUAUCCGCCGACAUUAUAUCUAAUCAGCCAUGUCUUCAGCAGCCGAUUCGAUAUGCUAUACAUUGAUCAAUACGGAAGCCGACGAUACGGUCAGCGAAAUGACCAUCAGAAACGAUUUAGAGAAGGGCGACGUUAAGUCAAGAACCGAAGCCCUGAAGAAGUUGAUCUACAAUAUACUGAAUGGCGAAAAAUUUCCGCCAAAUAUGCUGAUGACUGUCAUCCGCUACUGUCUGCCAUCCGAUGACCAUCAGAUCAAGAAGUUGUUGUUGAUAUUCUGGGAGAUUGUACCGAAACGUGGCUCAGAUGGUAAACUGUUGCACGAAAUGAUACUCGUAUGCGAUGCCUAUCGUAAAGAUCUUCAACAUCCGAAUGAGUUCAUACGGGGGUCGACACUGAGAUUUCUUUGUAAACUCAAAGAACCGGAACUAUUGGAACCGCUGAUGCCGGCCAUUCGGGUGUGUCUCGAACAUCGCCACUCGUAUGUCCGGCGUAACGCUGUUCUGGCCAUCUUCAAGAUCUAUGUCAACUUUGAACAGCUGAUACCCGACGCACCCGACGUUAUAUUGGACUUUCUUUCGCGCGAAGCCGACGCCAGUUGCAAACGUAACGCUUUUCUAAUGCUUAUCCAUUUGGAUCAGAAGAAAGCAUUGGAUUAUCUGAACUCAUGUCUCGAUCAGAUCAGCGGUUUCAACGACAUCCUACAGUUGGUAAUCGUGGAACUGAUCUACAAAGUCUGUAUCGCCAACCCUAGCGAACGAUCCAGAUUUAUACGGGCCAUCUAUAACCUGUUGAACACCUCACAGUCGGCCAGUGUCCGCUACGAAGCGGCCGCCACACUGAUUACACUAUCGCAGGCACCGACUGCUCUGAGAGCGGCGGCCAACUGUUUCAUCGAUAUCUGUAUCAAAGAAAGUGACAAUAAUGUCAAACUGAUUGUUUUGGACCGAUUGGUAGCGCUGAGAGAUUCGACCACUACUGCCGAACGUAUACUACAGGAGUCACUGAUGGAUAUCUUGCGCAUACUGAGUGUGGCCACCGAUUUGGAAGUGAAACAAAAGAUACUGAGUCUUGGACUGGAUUUAGUGACAUCAAGAAAUGUCGACGAAAUGGUUCAACUGUUGAAAAAAGAGAUACUGAAGACACAAAACGAAUCCCAAGGAAGUAGCGAAGAGACAAACAAAUAUCGGCAACUAUUGGUGGGAACAUUGCACUCGAUUUGUCUGAAAUAUCCCGAUUGUGUCUCAACCAGUAAACUGUUGUCCACACUGUUCGAACUGUUGACCAAUUCGGACGACGAAAGUACCGCUAUUCUGGUGAUUAACUUUACCCGCGAAUACAUUCAGAAAAAUUUGAAUCAAAAGAAUCUGAUAAUUAGCAAAAUUUUGGAAGUGUUUCCCGUCAUUCGCAAUGGUAAAGUUCAUCGCGGAUUGAUCUGGAUUUUGGGCGAAUUUUGCGACGACAAUGAAAACCAGAUACAAGAAGCACUGACCGCUAUACUGGCCACCAUUGGCGACAUACCGAUUGUCGAGUCCGAGUUGAAAAAGUUGGAAAAUGGUACCGAAAAUGAUGAAACAUCGGUGACUACUAAUACCAAUAGUCAACCGAAUGCGGCUAAACUGGUCACUGCCGACGGUUCGUAUGCAACACAAUCGGCACUGAGUGUCAACACUAAAGUAGAAAAGACGGCUAACAUUCCACCACUGAGACAGUAUCUGUUGAACGGAGAGUUUUUUAUUGGUACCGCUUUGGCUAACUGUUUGGUUAAAUUGGCAUUUCGUUACAAACAAGUGGUCGGCUCUGGUAAACAAAGUAACCGAUUUCUGGCCCAAUCGAUGCUUAUAUUGACAUCGAUUCUUCAUUUGGGUAAAUCGAAACUGAUUAGCCAAACCAUCAACGAUGACGACUUCGAACGAAUUGCUUUCUGUCUGAUGAUUCUGACAAAUAUUUGCUCAGAAAAUGGUAUUAACGCCGAAAUGGCUGAACUUCUUAGCAAAAUAUUCUUGGCUGAGAUGCGUUCUUCGUUGGACAGUAUGCUUCAGAGCAAUAAAGCCGAUCUGGAAGAAUCAAAACACCAGAAAACGAAGAAAAAUCGAAAUGUCGAAAGCGAUGAUCACUUGGCAUUCACUCAGUUGAUGUCCAAGAAUGUCGAAUCAAUGGAAAACCAGUUCGACGUCAGUCUAUCGCAGGCCAUUGCCGGUAAUGUUGGUCCAACAGCUACCACAACGUUGGGCGGCGGCGGCCAAAAGGGUGUCAAUGUGGCCGACUUGAUAUCGGCCAGCAAAUUGUCUAAAGUAACGCAACUGACCGGAUUCAGCGAUCCAGUCUAUGCCGAAUGCUAUGUCAAUGUCAACCAGUAUGACAUUUGUCUGGAUGUCCUGAUUGUUAACCAGAGUUCCGAUACCCUGCAAAACUGUACCCUAGAGUUCACAACGUUGGGCGACCUUAAGUUGGUAGAGAAGCCGCAACCGCUGGUAUUGGCGCCACACGACUUUGCAAACAUCAAAGCAUCGGUCAAAGUGGCCUCAACUGAGAACGGAAUUAUUUUCGGCAAUAUUGUGUACGACAUAUCUGGUUCGACAUCCGACCGUAAUGUAGUAGUUUUGAACGACAUUCACAUCGAUAUUAUGGAUUACAUAAUACCCGCCACCUGUAAUGACUCCCAGUUUAGGCAAAUGUGGGCCGAAUUUGAAUGGGAAAACAAAGUGACCGUCAAUACCGGUUUGACUGACCUACAGGACUAUCUGAAUCAUUUGAUUGGUGCGACAAAUAUGAAAUGUUUGACACCGCAAAAAGCCCUGUCGGGUGAUUGCGGUUUUCUGGCCGCCAAUUUGUACGCCAAAUCUAUAUUCGGCGAAGACGCACUGGCCAAUGUUAGCAUUGAGAAAUCGGCACCCGAUUCGCCAGUUACCGGCCAUAUCAGGAUUCGGGCCAAAUCGCAGGGAAUGGCACUCAGUUUGGGCGAUAAAGUUAAUGCAUCGCAAAAGGCGGCCAAACCCUCAUAGAUAUAAAGAUUAGUCCGAUUUUUAAUUUGUUUUUUAUUAAAUUAAAAAUAGGUAUCAUAUCUAAGGUAUCUAUUAGAAAAUAUUUUUCACUAAUAUUUUUUUUAAAUAAUUAUUUUUGAUCCUAAAUUGGAAAAAAUUA